AUGCUCGGGCAAAUGGUCAAGACGUCGUCGCACAACAAGACCUCGCGGCCGCUAGAGCAUCCCGGGUCGAUCGUCGAGGAGGCACCGGCCACUCCCGAAGCAGAGGCCGUUGUCAUUCCGCACCAAGUCGAGCCGCCUCGGAAAGCCACCAUCAAAGAGAAGCCGCCACCUAAUGCGCCGCUGUCCCCUGAAAUGAAUCCGCUCAAUUUUGAAGACAUUACACGCCCCGUGCCCAAGCAUACACCCGAGCUUCUGCACCAGCCAUCGCUCGUCACGCCCAAGCUCAUCGAUGCCGCGGACCACAUCGACGAGAUCCGACAGGCCGUCAUUCGGCUCGUCGCCGAAGGGGAAGUCGUCACUGCCCUCGAUCCUGGUGCGAACGUGAGCUACGACCACCAAGGCGACCUCAAGUUUUACACGGAUGACAACUUGCAAAAACGACUUGAGCUGCGGUACCACCCGCUCUUGUGCCGGAUGACGCGGGUGUUUUGGCUCACAAUGGUCAAGCCGGACGCGGCAAAAAUGGAGUUUGACGACUACCAGCGCCUCUUUCUGCGCAUUCACAAGGUGCUCAUCGAGCUCUUUGACCUUGGCGAGUCGAGAAUCAUGAUCGCCGACGACUGGAAGCGGGACAUUGCCACGCAUACGAACCUCGAGUACGAGAUGUUUCACCUCUCGCUCUUUGAGCUCAUUGACAUUUGGUGCGACUCGCUGGACGCAGACGACUAUUGCAACCUGCUCUACUGGAUAUUGAACGGCAUUACACUCCGCCAGUCAGGCUCGUUUCGACUGCGGCGCCUCGAAGAGGUCAAGUACAUUGACGUCGCAGAGGCCGGCAGCAAUGUCUCGUCGCCGCUCAUAUCGAGUUUCCUCGACGAGGUCGAGAAGGCCCAGCUACGGAAAUACCGCAACCACACGCGAGGCGACGGUAGCGGAGCCAAAACCUCCGAUGCAACCAGUGCCGAAAGCGACACCGCAGACGGCGCGGCACCCGAGAGUAGCACGGAACAAGUGACAACCAAUGCCUCUGCGACGGAGGCAACAACGCUGCUGUUGGACGACGAUGACGCGCCCGCAUCGCACCGACCCCGGCACCUCGCGUCCCUGCUCGAUGACGACGACACACCGUUGACCAAGACGUUGCAUACAAAGCUCAAGUUGGUAUCGACGAGCGCCCCGCCCCCUGAACACAACAAGACGGCCACCAUGUACCACGCGAGCCACCCGCCGAGCUUCGACUACGACCCCCAUAUGGAUUUAGGCACGACGACACCCCAACGCGUGACGAAGCGACCAUCGCAAGCCAUGGGGUCGAAAGGAACAAGCUCGCCCAAUCGCCUCUCCAUGUCGUCGUCGAGCCGCAAGCCGAGUAGCUCCACGCACGACCGCCGACCGACGGGGUCGCAUGCGGGCACCGAUGCGAGCAGUGUCGAGGAGGGCGCAGAUGCCGAUGCGACACGGCGGACAUCGCGCGCUGCGUCCAAAGUGCGCGCGCCCACGUUGCGAUCGAGCGCAGGCAGCAGCACUCAACAAAGCCUCGACGAGACAGCAGCCAAUGCGGUUGCACAUGCCGGGGUCGCCAACGAUGCUGCGCAGUUUGAGAGAUCUGCAGAAGGCGUCUCGACAACUAGUGACGUUGAAGCCCACGCGGUCUGA